AUGCAAACCAAUUAUUCACCUCCUUCAACUCCUUCAAACAUCUUGGAAAAACUCAAGCAUUAUAGAAAAAGCCAGAUGUCUUCUGUUUUACGAAAUCUAUUAAAUAGCCCUCCAAGCAGACCAACCACUAUGUAAAAACCCUAAUCUAAGUUACAAUCCUUCUCAUAGCGAACAUCCCCACUUCCAAAAGAUUUGUCAGUAUUUGAAAGAACUCAAGAUCAGACAGUAAAGCAUCUGGACUUCAGUAAUCUCCAUGAAUUUGAGAUCAGAACCCCAAACAUGACUCCCCAUUCACCAUUGAACUCAAAAAAUCAGAUGAGCAGAGUAUUAAAUUAAUGUGAUUCCUUUUUUAGGAACAAAAAGUGAAUUCCUUCAUCAACACGUAAAGAUUUAACAAGAAUGACAAGAGAUACAAUAUAGCUCUUUUUUUUGAUGAGAAUUCUCUCAUCUUUUAGGAUAUAAUUCGAAGAAAAGAUGUUGAACGAAUUGUUAAUCUUUUUUAAACUCCAAUGCUUUUGGCAUAAUAAGAGAAUGUAUUUAAAUACAAAUAAGCGAAUAUAGUUAACUGAAACCUUUUCAGAAAUGAUAUUGUUCUUAGCCACUUUCUUCCUAGAUUGCCAAGAGUAUUCAAAAGCUACCUAUUUUCUUAAGGAUUGCUACACACUAUCAAAUCUAACUCGUAAUCCAUUAUUGAAGGUCAAAACUCUAUUAGCCUUAGCAUAAUGUGCUAAAUAGUAAAAUAUAAUAUAUUUAUAGGUAUAAGUUAUUUGACUAACAAAUACUUAUAGUCUAAAAAGCCUUGAUGUAUUCAUGGGCAUAUGAUUAUCAAGAUCUUGAAAUUCAAUGUUAUGAUGCCAUGGGAAUUGCAUACUUUUAUCAAGGCAACAUUUAGAAGGCUGAAUUUUAUCAUCAGAAAUGGACCAGCGGAUUUUUAGAAUCACCAAAGUCUUAUUAUAGGAUUACAGCAUUAGAAUUCAUUUCUAUGUUCGAGAAAACACUCCCAACUAAAGCCAUAGACUUUAUGUCUUCUAUUCAAGGAUCUAUCAAUAUUCCAUUUAUCAAUAUUGCAAAUGGGAAGUAUUAUGAUGACAGAAGAAUUAUUAAGUACAGCAACUGUAAUCCUAUUGAAAUUCUUACAACUCUUGUUGCAACUAAAGAAUUCAAAGAAUUCAAUUUAGUUCACCAUGAAUAAACUUAAACAAUUAAUACAAUAUACAAGAGACAACCAAAAUUACCAAAAAAGAUACUUGAAAUAACAGAAAAAUAUCACUAGAACAAAGAAUUGUAUGAGUUUGAUCAUAAAAUUUAUGAUAAUCCAAAAUAUAAAUUAUCCUUAUAAUAACAGGUAAAUCAUAGAAUAACAUAAUCGUUUUCAUUGUAACAUGUAAACUAAAACAUUCGUAAAUUUAUUGCAACUUAAAGAGAACCAUUUGUCAAGGCAUAACAAAUCUAUAUCAGAGCAAAUAAUAUAUAAAAAGAAUUCAUCCCAGCUUUUGUAGCUAGAUAUAAAAAGAUGCUUUUACAGAUACUAAAAUGA